AAGAAAAAAUAUGUAAAAGUUAAAAGUUGUCGCCUUCGGUACUCCAUCCCGGUUCGCCUUCUCUUGAUCUCUGCAACAACGCAGGAGAGAGAGAGAGAGAGAGAGAGGGAGAGAGAGAAUGGGUGCACUGACGAGCGCUGUCAUAGCAAUAGCAGGAGUGGUGUUGGGUUGGAUAACCAUAGAAAUGGCCUGCAAGCCCUGUCUCGACAAGGGCCGCGAAGCCAUUGAUCGAUCUCUCAACCCCGAUUACGAUCCAGACGAUCAAGACCUCCGAGCCCCUCUCAAUCCAUCCCAAUCUGACGCUCCCAAUUCCCCCGUCUCUAAGGCCACUGCAACUUCCCAGGAAAUCAAGAUCGUCUGAUCAAAGUAUCACAUGUGCUUUCUUCUUCCCCACCGCUCGUCUUUGGUACUCACCCUAAUCUCUCCCCUUCAAUUCUCUCCUGAUAAAAUCUCUGUAUGUGUACUUAUCGCGCUUGCUUCCCUCCCAUGACGGCGAAAAAAGAGGUGCUCUGUGUUUGCUUGCCUUUGGUAAUAUGUGAAAUAUACCCUUUUCAAAGUUGUCCAAAAUGCUGAACCAUUUGGUACUAUUUGAAUUUGCAAACUAAAGGCUUCGGUUCUGAUUUUUUUUUUUUUUUUUUUUUUUCUGCCAGUGUAAAAGAAGGGAGAAAAUGCUUUAAAUGCUUCGGAGAUUGUUUGUUUAUUGGUUUAGUUGAACUCAAAAGCUUAGAGAUUUGUAAGAAUGUAUUAAAAUACAAUGCUUUGACUGAUGAUGUUAUAUGUGGCUUUGGUUA